AAAAAAAUGGAUCGAUUAAAUAAUUGGUUCAUCAAUGGUUUCCAAAAUCAAUCCAAUGAUCAUAUUCGGCAAUUGAAAUUCUAUUCAACAGUGAUUGGUGCCGUUAUUCUACACAUGUUGGUAGGUGCGGUACAAAUGGGCAAUAUAAUCACCUAUAUAACAUCGUAUAUGAGAUUCUAUGUAUCGAAUGAUAAUAAUUAUGGCCGCAAUACAUGGAUAUCAUCGGUGAUUGUAUUGGCAUUCACUAUAUUCACAAUAAUGAGUGGUUAUAUGACAAGAAAAGUUUCAUUUCGUUCAGUAAUAUUUCUCGGUGCCUUUCUUAUUACAUUAGGAAAUUUUCUUUCAUCAUUAGCGGUGAAUGCAUCAUUCGAAUUUCUAGUCGUUACAUAUGGUUUCAUACAGAAUGCUGGCUGUGGUCUUAUUUAUUCGAUCGUUAUUGUAACAUCGGUGAAAUGGAAACCACAAUAUCGUGGUUUUAUUGCCGGUCUUAUCAUAGCCAUGGAUUCAAUAUCAACAUUCAUAACGAUGGAAUUACAGACAAUGUAUUUUAAUCCUAAUAAUAUUCCACCCGAUGAUCGUGGUUAUUUUACUGAUCCAGAAAUUCUACUUCGGGUACCAAGAUAUUUUCGUUUUGUAUCAUUAAUAUACAUUGUUAUGGGUGUUGUUGGCACCAUGAUGAUGUUUGUUCCACCUGCUGAUGUACCGCAACCAUCACAGAUUAAUGAUCAUGAACAAUCACAACCAGUGACGAUUAGUCAAACUAUUGAUAAUAAUCAAUUGUAUGCAUCGAUGGAUGGACCACAAGGUUUAACAGUACGACAAUUACGAGCAACAAAUAUUGAUGAUAUUGUAUCCAGUUCUUCCGGAAUUUUUCCAUCAACUUCAUUGACAGAGAAUUUGAUCGAAAAUGAUUAUCUUGGCAUUCUCAAAGAACAAUUUGAUCAUGAUGAAGAAUUUCUUUCCAAUAUACGUAGAGGAAAUACAAAUGAUCCAUACAAUCAUUACAUGACCGAUACAAAUACAGCAAAUAAUGAACGUCGUCCAAUCAUGAAGAAUUAUUAUGGUGUACGCAAAGCAUUACGAACACGUAUGGCAAUGAUUCUUUUGAUUACAUUUGGUCUAAGCACAAAUGCAUCAUAUUUCAUCGGUGCAAUGGGUAAACCUUAUGGUCAAUCAUUCAUUUCGGAUGAUCAUUUCCUAUCGACAGUGAUUGCUUUUGCCAAUCUGGCCAAUUGUUUUGGGUUUUUUUGUGGAAAAUUAUUGGAUCGUUUUAAAUUCAAACGUACAAUGAUAUUUAUCAAUUGUUUAGUGUCUGCAUCAUAUUUUAGUUUUAUAUUCUCAUAUUAUUUUGCUCAUAAACUUUUAUUCACCAUUUGGAUUAUGGUCAUCAAUUUUGCAUCAAUCGGUUUUUUCAGUUCACAUUUACCUGAAGUUAUGAAUAAAUUUGGUGCCAAACAUGCUACAGCCAUUUAUGGUAUAAUUCAUACCGGACCGGUAAUUUCAUCAUUAGCAUUAAGUCCUUUGUUUGAAUUAUUGAUCAAUUAUUAUGGUUGGUUUCCAACAUUUUUAACUGUUGGUUUUUUGAAUUUUACAAGCAUGGUGAUCAUUAUGAUUUACUAUCGAGCACAUACGGUCAUUUGAAUGAGAAAAAAAUUUUUUUUUUGGCGUAAUUGGCUGGUCCAAACAAUGCACAAUAUAUAAUCUAGGAAUUUUCAACAAAUUUUUUUUUUAAAUUUAUUUUUUUUAUGUUGAGAUAAAAAAGUUGAUUAAAAAAAUUUUUUUUUCUGAUCAAAAUUCGUGCUACAUUCAAAACCGGCUAUUGAUACAUGAGUGCAUCAUGCUUGGUUGAUAUAGUGCCGACUAAAAUUCGAUACUCGGCGGCAUUGUUUUUUGUUUGUUUGAAAUUCACUAUUAUUGAUUUUCGUUUUUUUUUCAAUUUUGAAAUCAAUCAAAAAUGUCAGACGAAUUAGAAUUGGCACCACAAAAUAUUGAACAAGAAUUUGAUGAAGAUG